AUGGGCAGAACGCUUAUGGAAAAUGGGAAAUACCGAUGCCAUGAUUUUGUUGAAGGCCAUAAUCACGAGCAUUAUAUACCAUCGACCACACACAUGAUUUUGUUGAUCGAUGAUUCUGGAAUUAGACCUAAGGCCGCAUUUGAGUACAUGGGUAGACGGGCAGGUGGGAGACAGAACCUUGGUUAUACACCAAAAGAUCAUCACAAUUAUCUCCGAUCUAAGCGUCAGCAUGACUUAGGUUAUGGUGAAGCGGCUAGUUUGUUACAGUAUUUUACAGAACAAUCUAGGUUAGACCCAUCUUUUAGCUAUGUUGUGCAGUUGGAUAUGGAUGAGCUUAUAACAAAUAUUUUUUGGGCUGAUGCGAGAAUGAUAAUAGAAUAUGCCUUGUUUGGUGAUGUUGUUACCUUCGAUACUACAUUUCGUACAAACAAGAAAAAUAGGCCGUUUGGAAUUUUUGCUGGAUUUAACCAUCACAGAGGAGACAUUGUAUUUGGGGCAGCUCUUUUAUACGAUGAGAUGGUGGAAUCAUUCAAAUGGUUGUUUGAAGCAUUCUUGAAAACUCAUAGGCAAAAGAAGCCUAUAACCAUUUUUACAGAUCAAGAUGCUGCAAUGGCAAAGGCAAUUUUAGAAGUGUUUCAUGGGACAUGGCAUGGUUUGUGUAUUUGGCAUUUAAUGCAAAAUGCGAUUAAACAUCUAGGCAACUUGAUGAAGAACAGAUCAAGCUUUCUAUCAGAUCUCAAAAAGUGUGUCUAUCAGUAUGUUGAGGAAGUACAAUUUGAGUCUGUUUGGGAAGAAUUAUGGAUUAAGUAUGGGGUUGAAAAUAAUUCAUGGUUAAAUCGUUUGUAUGGACUUAAAGAGAAGUGGGUCAGUUCUUAUAUGAAUAAUACAUUUACAGGAGGUAUGCGGAGUACACAACUGAGUGAAAAUAUAAAUGCUGACUUGAAGGACUAUACAAAAUCUACUUUAGAUAUUGUACAGUUUUUUAAGCAUUUUGAAAGGGUAGUCAAUGAGAAGCAUGCUAAUGAAUUGAAGGCUGAAUUUGAUGCAAGAAAUAAGCUCCCAAAGAAUAUGUUUUCCCAUAUAAAAAUUAUUAAACAUGCAGGAGAAGUUUACACUCCAAAAAUCUUUGACUUAUUUCAAGAUGAGUUUUCAAUGGUUAGUGAUUGUCACAUAAAGUGGAAGAAUGAAAGUUCUAGUUUGGGUGAGUAUGGUGUUGGUAUAGAUGAACAGGAGAUUGAAUUUAAAGUUGAGUGUAAUCCAUCUGAGUCUAUUGUUCAAUGUAGCUAUAGAAAGUUUGAGACAUUUAGCAUUCUAUGUUGUCAUGCUUUAAAAGUUUUGGACUUGUUAGAUAUCAAGUUAAUUCCUAAAGCAUAUAUUUUGAGUAGAUGGACACGUGCAGCGAGAAUCAUGGUGAUUGAAGAUAGCAGGGAAAAAAGGUUGUGGAACAUGUUAAUUUGGCUUCCACACAACGUUAUACAUUGCUAUGCCGUAAACUGGUAA